GGCCAAUGGACGCCGUGAGUUUCUUCACCGUCGUGGGAGGUGGUGGAAGUUUAAUCAUUGCGUUUUUUGGGUAAUGUGGGAUUCUGUAGAGAUUGAGAUUGAGAUUUAGAUAGAGAAAAGGAAAAACAAAAUCCCUAGAACAACAAACAUUGGUGUCCCCCGCAUAAACAUUUUCCCCCAAUCGAAAUACAUAAAUGCUCUCAAAUCUUCUUCUUUACGUCUCUCGAAUUUGGUUCAUCUCUGCUAACCCCCCAUAUGCCGGUCGACUUGGACAGUUCCUCACCGGCUUCCGGCGAACCCACAGUCUCCACCCCGGGAAAUCCUGCCUCGCCUCCCAACUCCGCCGUAAGGAAAAAGCGAAACCUCCCUGGAAUGCCAGAUCCGGAAGCGGAAGUAAUUGCUCUGUCUCCGAAGACUCUUUUGGCCACGAAUCGAUUUGUUUGCGAGAUUUGCAACAAGGGGUUUCAGAGGGAUCAGAAUCUGCAGCUUCACCGGCGAGGACACAAUCUUCCAUGGAAGCUCCGGCGGAGGUCAAGUAAGGAGGUCAAGAAGAAGGUCUAUGUCUGCCCUGAGAGUUCAUGUGUUCAUCACGAUCCCUCUAGAGCUCUUGGUGAUCUUACUGGGAUUAAAAAGCACUUUUGCAGAAAGCACGGCGAGAAGAAAUGGAAAUGCGGUAAGUGUUCUAAGAAAUACGGCGUUCAGUCCGAUUGGAAAGCCCACUCCAAAAUUUGUGGCACUCACGAGUAUAAAUGCGAUUGUGGGACUUUGUUUAACAGGAGGGAUAGCUUCAUUACACAUAGAGCAUUCUGUGAUGUAUUGGCGGAGGAAAGGGCAAAAGCUCUGCUUAAACCGGUGGGGAAUUCUCAGACGGCGGUGGGGAAACCGAAUCCGGAGCCUUCUCCACCAUCGCCACCGCCUCCAUCUCCUCUGCAGUCAGCUUGUGAGCCAACAACUGUGUUGGCUGUUCCAAGUCAAGAGCUGCCAGAGAAUCCCUUGCAAUGUAUCGAAGAGGCAGCCGGUAUGUCGGGUACGAGUCGGAGCAGCAGCAGCAGCAGCAGCAGCAGCAGCAAUGGUAGCACGAGAAGUAGCAGAUUUGCUGGCUUAUUUGCUUCCUCAACUACGUCGAUGAGCCUCCAACCUCCAAGACCAUAUAGAGACCUAAUGCAAGCCAUGGCUUGUUCAGAUCGCUCACCAGACUAUGCAUCAUCUUCAACCAUCGAACCUAUUUCUCUAUGUCUUGCAAUGAAUCAAGGGCCCUCAAUGUUCGGAACUGCCAGCCAAUACCACCGACCGUACUUACCAAUGCCACACCCUGCAAUGUCCGCCACAGCAUUACUCCAAAAAGCUGCUCAAGUGGGCGCAGCGGCAUCAAAUGCGUCGUUGCUUCGUGGCUUAGGCUUAGUGUCAUCUUCCUCUGCAGCUGCCCAGCAAGAGAUCUUGGCAUGGAACCACCAGAGGCGAGUCGAACCAGAUGACGUAUCAUUCGCUGCAGGGCUCGGCCUCGGACUCCCCUGUGAUGGGAACUCGGGAUUGAAACAACUAACAAGGGGAAACCAUUCCAUGUUUGCUCCAAAACACACCACCCUGGAUUUCCUUGGAUUGGGAAUGGCGGCUGGUGGAAGCCCCAACAGCGGCCUGGCCGCACUAAUCACAUCAAUAGGCGGGAGUGUGGACGUUACAACCACAACCACCAGAUCAUACGGCGCUACUGACAUAUCCACCAUAGACAUGAACACAAAUAAUUGACUCAUCAUGCCAUCCCAACAACAAGAGGAGAAGCAUCACUUUGCUUUGUGCUAUCCGAAAGAUCUUGUAUUAGUAAAGAUGUAUUUACGUGGGACUUCCUCCCAACAAUCUUCAACAAUCUUCUUCUCGAACAACUUCUCACUUUAAUUAA